GCGUGGCCGGCAGCGCGGGAAGAUGGCGGACUCCGGGAGCAGCGUGGCGAAGCGCCCUAAGGUUUCACAGGUUGAGGACAGGAAGGUGGACUGGCGGCGCUGGAGGCAGGAGAGGAAAGCAGAGAAGAAGAAAUGGAAGGAAUUGAAAUUGCUGAAGAAACUGGAGAAACAGCGGAUGCGAGAACUGGAGGAACAACAAGCCCAGACGCAGGAGGAGCAGAAGGAAGACAGAGGCCGCCGGCACACGCUGAGCGUGGCCCUGCCCGGCUCCAUCCUCAACAACGCGCAGUCCCUGGAGCUGCGCACGUACCUGGCGGGGCAGAUCGGCCGGGCCUGCGCCAUCUUCUGCGUGGAUGAGAUCGUGGUGUUCGACGAGACUGGAGAGGACGUCAGGACCGUGGAGGGGGAUUUUGAAGGAAUUGGGAGGAAAGGCAAGGCUUGUGUGCAGCUGGCUCGGAUCCUGCAGUACUUGGAGUGCCCUCAGUACUUGAGGAAAUCCUUUUUUCCAAAGCAUGAGGAUCUGCAGUUUGCAGGGCUGCUCAACCCCCUGGACAGCCCCCACCACAUGCGGAUGGACGAGGAGUCGGAGUACCGGGAGGGCAUCGUGCUGGACCGGCCAGCAAAGCCAGGCAAAGGCUCCUUAGUUAACUGUGGGAUGAGGAAGGAGGUGCGGAUUGACAAACAGCUGAACCCUGGUCUGCGAGUCACCGUGCGCCUGGAGAAGCCCCAGAAUCCAGAAGCCAAAGUGCGGAAAGGCACCGUGGUGUCCUCGCAGCAUCCCCGGGAAGCCUCAGGCUUGUACUGGGGUUACAGCGUCCGCCUGGCCUCCUGCUUGAGUGCUGUCUUUUCUGAGUGCCCAUUCAAGGAAGGCUAUGAUCUCUCUAUUGGAACCUCAGAGCGGGGCAGCACUGUGGACCAGGUCACUCUGCCCUCCUUCAGGCAUGCCCUUGUCGUAUUUGGAGGCCUUGAGGGCUUGGAAGCUGGGGUUGAUGUGGACCCAAACCUGAAGGUCACCGACCCAAGUGUCUUGUUUGACUUCUACGCGAACACGUGUCCCAGCCAGGGCAGCAGAACCAUCCGGACUGAGGAAGCACUGCUGAUCUCCCUGUCUGCACUGAGACCACACCUUGAGGAAGCUGUGAAGACACCCAAAGACAGCUGAGGGAAGGGAAACCACUGACCUUGCCCUUGGGGAGGCAGCUCUUCAAAUGUGGAGUACUGGGCAUCACUCCAGGAGCCUGGCAGGACCAAAGCACAGUGUGUGACUGGAGCUGGCAGCACUGCCCAGCCAGGCACUCACUGCUGCUGGGAGCAGCAGGUCUGUGCCCUCCUGCCUGCAUGGCCCAGCCAAGGGCUGGUUGCUGCUUUCCAGCAGCUGGCAUGGGCUGGGCAGCGGGCUUGGUCUCAGCAACUCAGACAGCUGGAGUGGGAAUAAAGCAGUAUGGAACCUCUGUU